GCCGAGGACAAGCGUCGGCGGAACACGGCGGCGUCAGCGCGGUUCCGCGCGAAGAAGAAGGAGCGCGAGCAGGCGCUCGAGAAGCGUGCGAAGGAUAUGGAGCAGCGCGUGAGCGAGCUCGAGCGCGAGUGCGAGGCGCUGAGGAGGGAGAACGGGUGGUUGAAGGGGCUCGUGGUC